AGAGCCGCAGCGGUAGCGGCUGGUGCAGCCUGCGGAGAACCGGGCCGGGGCCGCCAACCAGCAGCCCGGGAGGACGCGAGGGCGCGCGCCGCACUCACCUACCCUCAGCCCCCGCGGCAGCCGCUGACCCGCCACCAUGGCCCGCGGAAAAGCCAAGGAGGAGGGCAGCUGGAAGAAAUUCAUCUGGAACUCGGAGAAGAAGGAGUUUUUGGGCAGGACCGGUGGCAGUUGGUUUAAGAUCCUUCUGUUCUACCUGAUAUUUUAUGGCUGCUUGGCUGGCAUCUUCAUUGGGACCAUCCAAGUGAUGCUGCUUACCAUCAGCGAGUUCAAGCCCACAUACCAGGACCGAGUGGCCCCACCAGGAUUAACACAGAUCCCUCAGAUCCAAAAGACCGAAAUUUCCUUUCGCCCUAACGAACCCAAGAGCUAUGAGGCAUAUGUGCUCAACAUAGUUAGGUUCCUGGAGAAGUACAAAGAUUCAGCCCAGAAGGAUGAAAUGAUUUUUGAAGAUUGCGGCAAUAUGCCCAGCGAAAUCAAAGAACGAGGAGAAUUUAACAACGAACGAGGAGAGCGAAAAGUCUGCAGGUUCAAGCUUGAGUGGUUGGGGAAUUGCUCUGGAAUAAGCGAUGAGUCUUACGGCUACAAAGAAGGCAAACCAUGUAUCAUAAUAAAGCUCAACCGAGUGCUGGGCUUCAAACCAAAGCCUCCUAAGAAUGAGUCGUUGGACGCUUACCCCGUGAUGAAGUACAGUCCCUACGUCCUGCCAGUUCAGUGCACUGGCAAGCGAGACGAAGAUAAGGAUAAAAUCGGAAACGUGGACUAUUUCGGCCUGGGCAGCUACCCCGGUUUUCCCCUGCAGUAUUACCCCUACUACGGCAAGCUCCUCCAGCCCAAGUACCUGCAGCCCCUGCUGGCUGUACAGUUCACCAACCUCACCAUGGACACAGAAAUCCGCAUCGAGUGUAAGGCGUACGGUGAGAACAUUGGGUACAGUGAGAAAGACCGUUUUCAGGGACGCUUUGAUGUAAAAAUUGAAGUUAAGAGCUGAUCACAAGCACAAAUCUUUCCCACUAGCCAUUUAAAAAGUUAAAAAAGAUACAAAAACAAAAACCUACUAGUCUUGAAUAAACUGUCAUACGUAUGGGACCUACACUUAAUCUAUAUGCUUUACACUAGCUUUCUGCAUUUAAUAGGUUAGAAUGUAAAUUUAAAGUGUAGCAAUAGCAACAAAAUAUUUAUUCUACUGUAAAUGACAAAAGAAAAAAUAAAAAUUGAGCCUUGGGACGUGCCCAUUUUUACUGUAAAUUAUGAUUCCAUAACUGACUCGUAGUAAGCAGUGUUUCUGGCCCCUAAGUAUUGCUGCCUGUGUGUUGGAUUUAGUGUGCAGUACGAUAGGUGCGCACUCUGGUCAUUUUCCAAGCCAUGUUUUAUCGUAUCUGUUUUCUACUUUCUGUGAGCAAGGUUUGCUGUCCAAGGUGUAAAUAUUCAAUGGGAAUAAAACUGGCAUGGUA